CUCUCUCGUGUGCUGCGUGCGAAGCGUGGCUUCGGAUCCUCUGCAUAACCAUGAAGCUUUCGCCGGUUGCGUCGUUGUACUCGAUGGGCGCGGUGCUCAUGAGCGCAUGCUGCAAGUACCACCUGGUGGACGGCCUGAGGAGGUCUAAGAUGACGAUGUCGUAUCGGAACGUGAGGCAAGGAAAGGAGUACUGGAGACUGGGCAGCAGCGUCCUUCUCUAUGACCUCGAAAACCCUCUCGACAUGUACACGCUGGCUGCGUUGUUCAUGUGCUUGCUGGCGCUGGAGCAAAAGUUCUUCAAAGGCUCGCCGUCGGCCAUGGCAUCGACGCUCGUUUUCAUCGCCGCUGCGCUCUUUACGCCAGGCUUCUACUUUCGGGAACUGCGGCUAAAGGAACCUGCAGUCAUGAUGUACGUGGCCAUUGCCACCUGGGCGACGAUUCGAUGCUUCUUCCGCCCUACUGCCGGAGUGGGGAGUCAGGCGAUGUUCUCAGCGCUGGGCCCUUUGAUACCGAUCGCUACUCCACACUUCCGGAAGGGAGAGAUCGAUGUGGCGCUGCUCAAGCACCAAGCGAUGGCCGUCGCGGUGGGGUUAGCGUGCGUCCUCCUCAUUCCGGAUGCCGAGGGCGCGCGGGCCCUUCGCCAAAAGCGGCAGCAGGAGGCUAGCCGGAAGGCGAGGGCAUCCGCGAAGGGGAAGAAGAACGCACCACCGGUGCCGAACACGAGCAGCAGCAGCGAGGAGGAAGAAGAAGAGGAAGUAGACAGCAGUAGCGAUGAAGAGUAAGCAUCGGGACGGCCGGCGGUAUGUGGUGUGGUAUGAUGCCGCCGCGCCGCUGCGAUAUCGCCUUCUAGAAAGCUGGGCUUUCCUUGACCCGCUGCAGCGGCUCGAUCGGGGUGUUGCAAAAUCGAUUGGGAUUUUGUACCAGCAUGCGUGGAUAGAUCUCUUAGGUUUCAGGGGGGGGGGGGGGAGGGGGGGGGGGGAGAAGACUGCCACUUUCGCUUCAAAGCAUCGUGCUUCGGGAAAUCUUUGCACUUUUGAGCGUUAAAGGAUAAGAUUGUUGCAGCACCCUGCUUAAGGUUGUAUGUAACACCCUUCUGAUGGUUGGACCACCAUUGAAGGGGUGGUCGUCGUGGCCUUCGAGGCCACCUUGUGCAAACCUCGCAACAACUGCAAGUGAAACACACCGUCGGGUGCAGUAUGACUUGAUGAAGUGAUACUGAUACCUUGUGAACGAGCGAGUGCGGAUCAACAAUGUGGCUAGAGCUCGAUGAAGGGGGCUAAGCUGCUGUGGUGGCGACGAUUUGUGCGUGGUGAUGGUGCCUUGUACGGUCGGCAAAGGGCCUGACCGUAGCGGUGUCACGACUUGCUAGCGCUCUUUGUUUGGUCUUAAGUGUCGAAACUUGGAGCGUCUCAACGGAGAAUAAACUACAACGUAGAGUACUGCUCAGGGGCAUGACGUCGUCCGAUCAAACUCACAGGCACGAGCCUACCGGUGCUGGGAUGAAAGUAUGGUCUAAAUAGUAGCCGGCGGAGGCAACCAAAGUUCAGGGGAGCUGUACACGCUGCAUGGGUAGCAGGGUAUCCUUCUUUGCACCUUCUGGUAGAUGCGAAUGUUCGGUUUCGGUGCUGCUUCAACUCCGUACAACGGGGAGAUUUUGCGUGGCAGUGAGUGUCUUGCAGCGCAGACGCAAUGAAUCUUUGCCCCGCUUGUGGCAUCAUUGAUGCCGUCAUUGGAGGUUGAGUCGGAGCUUGGCGUCCACGCGUUUUGCUGGGUUGAAGGUAAGACUGCUAAUGAUUGGACAAAGCUACCUACCAAUGUGUAGCGAUGGGCGAGAGGGAAUGGAGGGGGUUAGGGCUAAGCGGGGGGAGCCGACCAAGCGCAACAACAGCUGAGGGCGGAAAGCUGAGGAGUGAUAAUCAAGCCGGCCUGGUGAUGCGUGGGGGCAUGUGGGAGUGUGAGGCAAGAGAGAAGCACGCCAGGGGGGGAGAGGGGGAUUCUCAAGCUCGCCGCAAAAGAGUUUUGUGUAGCGUUUUAUGACAGAGGCACCCGAUUGGAGGACCAGGAAAGUUCCAAACGUUAUCAGACGUAUAAUGACAUCGAAGGCGCAGCCCGUGGUCGUUUCUUUGCUUCCAUAUAUGUCCUCGGGACAAGAUCCUUCCAUAGUGUAUGCCUUUUUUGACGUGGGCUCGUGGGAGUACAUUUGAUUGGUCGCAGGUGCUGCUUGCCUGUGGGUGAGGCGCAGAGCGAGUCGUCCCCUUCAAAGACUACCAAGCAAGGUAGUCGUGUUGUAUCACCAUAUCGAUCGUGAUGUCCCAGCGCUAGUGAUGAAAACGAGUACUUAUCGUAGACGGAAGGAAAAACAGUUCA